AUGUUUUUUUUAGUUACUUCAACACAAGUUUCAUCGAUUCAUUCGCCACGCUACCCUGAGGAGUAUGAACGUGGUACCGAGUGCCAGUGGCUUUUCAAGGCACCUCCCGGCUACUAUUUGAUCUACACACUUAAGGAAUACAUAACUCCGAAUGCUCAUGAACAGCAAACGGACAAAAAGUGGUUACCUAGGGCAAUCAACAACUUAACGUUAGUGAACUUGAAACGCUAG